AUGGAGGGCCAGGACUUCUGGAGAGGCGCGGUCUACAACGACUCCUCAUGGACGCCGCACGCCUUCAACGAGUCGCGGAUGGACUUUGCCGUGGCCCUCAAUCCAGGCGGCAUCAACGCCGACUUCCGCAACCUCACCGCGUUCCGCGCGCGGGGCGGCAAGAUUCUACAGUACCACGGGCGGGCGGACCAGACCGUCACGCCGGCGCUGAGCUCUGAGUUCUUUGAGGGUGUGAAGCGCGUGGUCGGGCUGACGCAGGCCGAGAUGGACGGGUUCUACAGGUUGUUUUUUAUCCCGGGGAUGAGGCACUGCAGCGGCGGGCGCGGCGCGUGGGAUAUCGGGCAGACGUACCCCCUUGAUGGGCGACGGCUGGAUCCGAGGGGGAACGCGUUAUUGGCGCUUGUGGAGUGGGUUGAGGGCGGGAGGGCGGCGGAGGAGGUUGUGGGAGCGAUAGUAUUGCUCGUAUCCGUAUGA